AAAUGGCUUUCUACUCAACAAAGCCGUUGCUGAGCCUGUCUUUCUUGUUCUUUAUGGUAUCAUAUUCCUAUGGAAGGGUAAACCUAAGCUCCACAUUCAAAGUUAAAGCAGUUAAUCUUGGGGGUUGGCUGGUGACUGAAGGCUGGAUUAAACCUUCUCUUUUUGAUGGCAUCCCCAAUAAAGACUUUCUGGAUGGAACGGCUCUUCAGUUUAAGUCAGUAACAGUAGGGAAAUAUUUAUGUGCUGAGUUAGGUGGAGGAACGAUCAUAGUUGCUAACCGGACGGCUGCGUCAAGCUGGGAAAAGUUUAGAUUGUGGAGAAUCAAUGAGACCAGUUUUAAUUUUAGGGUCUAUGAUAAACGAUUCGUGGGACUUGACACCAAUGGGAAAGGGAUUGACUUAGUAGCUGUAUCGAACACGGCUGGUAGCUCGGAGACGUUUGAGAUUGUGAGAAACUCGGAUGAUGAGAGCCGAGUUCGAAUCAAAGCACCAAAUGGGUUCUUCUUACAGGUGAAAACAGAGGAGUUGGUGACUGCAGACUAUGCUGGGGGCGGUGGAUGGGGUGAUGAUGAUCCCUCAGUAUUUGUGAUGACAAUUGCUGGAAGACUGCAGGGAGAGUUUCAAGUGACAAAUGGUUACGGGCCAAACAAAGCCCCACAAAUCAUGAGAGAGCAUUGGGCCACAUUCAUAGUUGAAGACGAUUUCAAGUUUAUAGCAGAAAAUGGAGUUAAUGCUGUGAGAAUACCUGUUGGUUGGUGGAUAGCAAGCGAUCCAACGCCACCGAAGCCUUAUGUUGGGGGAUCCUUGGAAGCAUUAGACAAAGCCUUCACUUGGGCGCAAAAGUAUGGAGUGAAGAUCAUAAUUGAUCUACAUGCGGCACCCGGCUCACAAAAUGGGCUUGAACACAGCUCUUCCAGAGAUGGCUCUCAGGAAUGGGGCUUAACAGAUGAAACCAUACAGGAGUCUGUUUCUGUUAUAGACUUCUUAACCGCAAGGUAUGCCAAGAGUCCAAGUCUUUAUGCUGUUGAGCUUCUAAAUGAGCCUCUUGCACCAGGAGCCACUCUAGAUAUGCUUAACGAAUAUUACAAGGCUGGUUAUAAUGCUAUACGCGAACACUCUUCUACAGCUUAUGUUGUGAUGUCAAAUCGGAUAGGAGCAUCUAAUUCUACUGAGCUUUUCCCUGUAACCAGUGGCUUAACUAGAGCCGUGAUUGAUGUACAUUAUUACAAUCUCUUUUCGGAUAUUUUUGAUAACAUGACUGUUCAGCAAAACAUAAAUUUCAUCAACAUAAAUAGAACUGCACAGUUGAAUCAAGUCACCACAUCAAAUGGACCUCUUACUUUAGUGGGUGAAUGGGUUGCUGAAUGGCAAGUCAGAAACGCAACAACAGAGGAUUACCAAAGAUUUGCCAAGGCCCAACUAGAGGUGUAUGAAAGAGCAAGUUUUGGCUGGGCUUAUUGGACUCUUAAAAAUGUAAACAAUCAUUGGAGCUUGGAUUGGAUGAUUAAAAAUGGUUACAUUAAGCUUUAGAUAAGAUCAUCAAUUAAGUCGGCCCCCUUCUUAAUUCUUGUUGAUUUAUAAACACAGGCAGGGAUGACCCAAAAUAUGUUCACCUUCUUCUUUUCUAGUAUACUUUCAACAACAGCAAAAUAAAUAGAAAAUUUCCAAUCACCAAUUGUGGCCCUUGCACCAAUGAAUUCAAGAAUAAGAUUAAAUGG